GCAUUGCUAGCUAACUUUAACCUGACCUUUUUCUGGACUACUCUGGUGCCUGUAGAGGAAAGGUGCUGCUCAGUAAGCAGGUCCUUGGGACUGCCUUGUUCUGUAAAGCGUUGCAAGAAAGGUGACUUCCUUCUGAUUCUACCUGCAGUAGUUCCUUGCCCAAGGGAGAGCACUCAUUGAAUUUGGAUGGGUCUGUGGCCCCAGGUCCUGCUCUCUCAGUCAGAAGCAAAGGACCAGUGGGUACCCCCUCAGUUUGAAAGGGAGUGGGAAGGACAGACAGACCUGACGUGACCUACAGGAGCCUGCAGUCUUUCCUGAGCAGGACACUCCCUGUGCUCUGCUGCUUUCCUGCUGUUUCCUGCUGCAUCCUGGAGAAGCCAAAGCACAGAAGGACCACAGCAGGACACAUGGCAUGUGCUAACACAGCUGGAAGUCCUGGCCACGCCCUGCUGGUGGCACCACAGAUCCUGCACCCCUGUGGAUCAGAUGUCUUGAAGCGUUUCUGGGCUGAGCUGGUUUUUCAGUGCCUCAGGAGCUGUGGCGCACCAGGGGUCCAUCAUGACUGACUGGGUGCUGCUGGGGCUGAUCGCAGCGCUGGUCGUGCUGCUGCUGCUCACCGUCUUCGGUUUCGUCGUCUACUCGGGGCUGUUCACCGAGGUGGUUGUGAGUGCUGGCUCCCCCCCUGUCGGCAACAUGACACUGGCCUACAAGUUCAGGGUGGGCCCGUAUGGAGAAUCCGGGCAGCUCUUCACGGAUGGCUGCAGCAUCUCCUCGAAGCUCUGCUCCAUCGGCGUGUACUAUGACAACCCUCACACGGUGUCUCCGGAGAAGUGCCGCUUCGCCAUAGGCCGCAUCCUGAGCGAGGGAGAUGAGAAGCCGUCAGAAGAGCAGAUCAAACGGUUCCAGAAGUAUGGCUUUAAGAUCUUCAGCUUCCCUGCUCCCAGCCACGUGGUCAUGGCGACCUUCCCGUUCACUACACCGUUGUCCAUCCAUCUGGCAGUCAACCGUGUCCACCCAGCCCUUGACACUUACAUCAAGGAGAGGAAGCUGUGUGCCCACCCCCGGAUCGAGAUCUACAAGCAGGACCGCAUCUACUUCGUGUGUCCCCUUGCCCGCCAAGGGGACUUCUAUGUGCCUGAAAUGAAAGAACUGGAGAGGAAGAGCAGGGCUGCUGCAGCUGUGGCUGAGGAUGCCCAGACAGACAUCACAGGGGUCGACACCAUGAGUGAGACAAGCUCCAUCAGCAUGGAGGCCACAACUGACAGCAGAGACACCUCGGUGGCCACCUCCAUCCUGCUGCCCCUGCCAGGCAGCCGCGGGCGGGAGGAGGCGGACAACCGCAGCGAGCACAGCUACAGCGAGUCGGGAGCCAGCGGCUCCUCCUUCGAGGAGCUGGACCUGGAGGGUGCUGGGGACGGGGAGGGAGCCCCGGGGCUGCUGCCUGAUGUGGGCUAUGCAGGCAGCCAGGAGGUCACUGACAAGUGGACCAAGGAGCCCAUUGCUGCUGAGAGAGGAGAGGAAUGAAGAGAGACCUGGCUGCCUCACUUCCCGCUGGGGUCUGAGUUACUGGGAACCAGUUGCCUUUCCCACCUCCUUCCUCUCCAGCCAAGAGAUUUUGGUUGCUGAUUCCCCCCAGGACCUGCUCUCCCUCUUUGCAGAAAGGGUGUUUUAUGGUUUUUGGGGGUGCUGGGAGGUGGGAGGGGGAGGAUUUCUGUGGUGCUUGGUGGCGCAGGGUUAGGUUCAGGCUGGGUGGACAGUGAAAUGCAUUUGCUGUUUGUGUGUGUCCAGGCAUGUUGCAGAUUCCUUGCAGGUGUCUGGGGGAUGGUGGUGGAUGUCAGAGAUUUUCCCCCUCAUCUCUGCUGGUGCCCCUCUCACCCACAGCUUCUCUCUGCUGCACCACCACGUUUUCUAGCACCAAAGAGCCAUGAGUUGGGUCAGUUGGGUUUAUUCCGCUCUUCUCUUCCCCUUGCUGAACAAUGGAAACAUCCUGUGUAAAUGUGGUCCUCCUGGCACUGCCACAGGCGCUUUGGGGUCUGUAAUAAAGUGGAUGCUUUUCCUCA